AUGUCUUCUGGAGGUCUUCUUCUCCUGCUGGGACUCCUCACCCUCUGGGCAGAGCUGACCCCCAUCUCCGGCCAGGGCCGGCCAGAGUUGUGUUAUCUUCCUGCUGUCACCGGACGAUGUAAAGCCAGAAUGCCUCGGUUCCACUACAACCCGGCUUCAAAUAAAUGCCAAGGGUUUAUUUACGGUGGAUGCCAGGGCAAUGCCAACAGGUUUAAGACCAAAGAUGAAUGCCACUUCACCUGUGUUGAAAAGCCCGGGGUGUGUCGCAGGGCCCCUCCAGGCACCAAUACUAUUUGUCUUGCAAAUUGUGAAAAUGACUGGAAAUGUCCCGGGAAGCAGAAGUGCUGCCCUUAUGGUUGCAGGACAGACUGCGCGGACCCAAUCUAA